AUGGGAUCCAUUCCUUCAUCAGUUGGGGCGCCGAACAGUGGCGAAGAACCCUCUUCUCCCAACUACCGGAUUCUAGGUCCCAAUGCCCCCAAAGCUGUGUGGGCGAUCCUUUGUGUGAUGAACCUCAUCAUGCUAUUUCUCCAGCGGCCUACGCUUGCCCAAGCUUGCGAAAGUCCCAAUCCAUAUAUAGCUGGCCUUGGGGCUCGGGUAAGCUUAUGGAUUCCUGCUGGAAUUGUUAUCCUCACUGCGGGGCUGGGGCACUUCCAUAGGGAGGUUAUGGGUGCUAAGAAUGUUCAUUUAGCGUUGUUCGGCGCCCUGAUAAUAUACGGGUGUAAUCUUAUUCAGGAUAUCAUGCCAGUUGGCCAAGUGAUUGGUGCAAUGGUUCUCGACUGCCUGUUGAUGAUCGACUCGGUGCCAACCUCCAUGAAGGAGUGCUUAUCAGCUCGCCACAUAAUUCGAUUGGCAAAUCUCACUCAAUACUUCGGCCUAGUAGUGACCUUCGUGCUUAUUCAACGCUCUAGAAGCGCCGUCAUAGCUCCCGAAACAUUGGAAUCUGACAGUCCUCUCACAUGUGACUGCUUUCAAAUCUACUGGUGGGGUGUGAUAGAUUCCUGCCAUGGAAUCUCGCCAAGCCUCGUUGUAUAUUAUCUCCUCCGAGCUACUGGCGCACUCCACGGGUCUUGGCUAUCACUUCACUAUACGGGACUCUAUGACGAAUGCGAGAAGGCAGAGAGAAGUGAUUGCCUCGUCCCUAGCACUCGAAUUAUCCCGGUGAUCGUAUUUUCAGUCAUCAACCGCGAGUCAACAUUGAUGUGGUACAAAGGUGCUCAGGAUGUAAAGAGUUGGGGGCAAACAGCGUCGAUCCUGGGUGUUGCAGUAACAUCGGGUUCAUUCCUCUAUGCACUGCACUUGCUGUUCAAGACAGAAAGCGUCGAAAAGCGGCAGCGGAUUAUUAGGGACUACAGUCAUGGGACUGCCUUUCCACGUUUAGCUAUCACGCCCUUAGUCAAAUCCGACAUGAUUUCCUUCGCUGGGAUAUUACAGAGACUGCCAGCUCAUCUUCUUUCUCGAAGCCCUUUUGGCAAGGUUCGCCUGCGGAGUCCCAACCACUGUCGUUUGAGUACCAUCCCAGGGGCCUGGGAAAGGAUCACAUACCAAUACCGACAGUGGCCUGGGAGAGAUGCUGAGCAGCUGGGUAUCAUUUUAAUCCAGACCUCAGUGUUAGGAGACAUAAAGCAAAUCGGGGAUCUGUUGGCCGAGGGCGCAAGCACUGCGACAAAGGACCGAAAUGGAGAGACAGCCUUACAUAUCGCCUGUAAACAAAGGAAUGUCAAUAUUAUCAAAGCUCUCAUAGCUGGGGGCGCGGCGCUUGAGAUAGAAUCUAAGGAUGGGUGGACUGCACUUCAUUUCGCCGUGUCUGGGGGUCCGGUCGAGGUUUUAAAGUGCUUUCUUGACCUCGACAUUAACACCAGUCCACAAGCAAAGAAUGGUCAGACACCAUUUCAUCUUGCAAUUGAGGGCGGGAAUCUCGAAUUGUUGCACGUGAUGCUAGAAAUGAAGCCGCAUCUAGAUCUGGGGGAUAAGACUGGAUUGACCCCCCUUCACCUCGCGAGUGAGCUCCAGGAUCCAGACCCUACUUUGUUGUUACUCGUAACGGGUGCGAACCCCAAUUUGAAAGACAAAAGAGGGGAAUUCUUAGAAAGGAAGAUGCUGGUGAUAAACAUAAACCCAAAUUCGCCUGACGAGGACGCCUCGCUAGAGAUGGAAGGGGGUUUAAACUUUGAAGACCUCGACUUUAGAUGUAGACACAUUGAGUCGUGCGUGGAUGAGAUAGCAGAGUACGAGUGGUGCUACAGGGCCCGGCCUGGUGAAGAUGAGGGUGAUGAGGAUGAACUUAGUGAAGGUGGUUGGGAUGGACCCAGUGAAGAUGAAGAUUAUGCGGAUUAA